AUGGGAGAUACACUGGAAGUUGGAUUAAUGAUAACGCCUGAAACUCCUGGGCGUCCCAGAGUUCUCAACCCCUUUGAGAGUCCAAGUGAUUAUCACAGCUUGCAUGAAUCAAUAGUUGCCAGCCCUUCAGUUUUCAAAUCCUCCAGAACUUCAUCUGCAACUCCUGGGAAAUUUAAAUGGUCAAUUGAUCAGAUUGCUAGUUUGAACCCAGUUGACAUUGACCCUGAAGACAUUCAUCAGCAAUCUCUGUAUAUGAGCCAAGUAAGGACUGAUACAGAAAUUGAGGACAGAAGACAAAAAGCAAUUGAAGAGUUCUUCACGAAGAACAUGAUUGUCCCUUCUCCUUGGACUCAACCAGAAGUAAAAAUAGCUGCACAGUUCCAUUCAACAAGAUGUCCCAUUUCUCCCGUGGAACACGCAGUUAAUAUUCCACCAGGAAGAACAAAUGCUACCUGUCAAACACUGCUGUCAUUACCAGUGGAUUUUGAUCUGGAAAAAAUACUAGGUGAUUAUUACAAGACUGAGGAGGCUGCUGACCAGUCUCAUGAGAGCCUGUGUUCAUCAUCUCUCCGACGGAAGCUCUUCCUGGAUGGCAUUGGAAGUGAAUCGGAGGUUUCCUCCCCACCUACCCCAGAAAGGAGCCCCUGUGUUGCACCUGUGGGGUCAAAUGGGGUGCUGUCUUCAUCAUAUUUGUCACCGGUCCAUUGUAAAACUCCAGUGGAAACACCAAGCUCUGGACAGUUUUCUUCUAGUCCUAUUCAGGGUGGUUCAAGAGCCUACAGUUUGGGAGGUGUGACGAGCCCUACGUUUCCUGAAAGGGGUUUACCUUGUUACAAUUCCCCUAUUUUGUCUCCCAUUUCACUCCAGAGUGGAAAAACUCCAGGAUCAGCGGAAAGGAGGAAAUUGAACUUUCUGUCCCCUGAUGGCGCAUCUCUGGGCAGCUCUAGCUGUAAGGUUAAUUCCUGCACCGGAAGUCCAUUUGUAGAGGGCUGCUCUCCCAUAAGAAGUUGUUCCCCCAUGGGGUCCAGUAAAAGCAGGGCUGUGCUGCGUGGCAGAGCUUCACCUAUCCAACUGUCUUUUACACUUGAACCAACUGUUGAAGACAAGGAACAUUUUCCACCAAUGGGCAACUUGGCGUCGAUGGACAUGGACACAUUCUCCCUGCAUUCUGAUGCCGUUGCAGUAAAAUGUGAAUCAUUCUUGAUUACUGGAGGCAAAAGGGAGUCUGCAUCGUCAGCCAUUAUUGAUUCAAUGGUACCUUUAGAACAAAUAGAAGAAUCAAAGGAAAACAGUACUGUGGAUAUGGCAGACCAAGUAGAAACUGCAGAGGAUGAUAGCACAUGGGCAAAGGGUGAUGAUAAUACAAACAUACCACUGACAAGCUCCAGGACUGGAAGUAUAUCGUAUUCCCACUCUCCUAUGUGCUUGUCGCUGCUGGUGGAAAGUAGUGCAAUUCCUUCUGACAGCAACAGUAUGCAGGUGGACAGUGGCUAUAACACACAUUCAACUGGUAUAAGCAGCAUUAUAGAUGGCAUUAGUUCAGAGAACUGUGGAAAAGAAUUGCUGGAUAUCCAAAUGCCGGAUGAAACCCUAGUAUUAUGUAGCAAACCUCUGCAUUUUAAAUCCAAGUUACAUCAUAUACACCAUUGAUGAUGAAGAGGACUGUGGCUCUUGCAACAGCCUUCUGAAAUUCCUAGAGAAAUAGUAAACCAUGCGUUUUCAAUCAAAUUCCAGUGUAUAAAUGUAGUUUUAACCCUGUAAUGCCCAAGCAUCUUGAAAUGAGAAAAGCUACUUUCAUUAACUAAAUUCCGUUUCUUGUACAAAAACACUGUAUUGCAUAUUGAACAUUCUGGCUUGUGAGGGUGGACUUAAAUAAGAGGGAUGGCUAAGCAUUGUAUCACACGUGAUACAGAAAUGGGCAUUACAGGGUUACAAUUAAAAUCUAUUUGUCAGGUCCUUGCACUCUAUAAAAUUUACACAUCGGGUCAGAUGUAUCAGUUUUUACUGUAAAGUGCAAUUGCACCAUUUUAAAAUGAACACACAUAUAUAUAUAAUAUAUAUAUAUAUAUAUAUAUAUAUAUAUAUAUAUAUAUAUAUAUAUAUAUAUAUAGUGUGUAUUAUUCAACAGGGGGAUUAAAACUGACAAAACUUUGGUAAACCUUCUGGCCAAAGACCUUUGUUGGGAAAAGUGGAAACCUUUUGAAAAAUAUUAUAUAAUUGUUAUGUUUUAAAAACCUGAAUUCUGCUUUAUGGAAUUUUAUUUUAUUAAACCACAUUUUAUUUCUUCUUAAAGGAGAUUUUUAAUACAGUGUUAAUUUUAUAUGGCACACAUAUAGGAUCAGCUCACUAAAACAUUAGAAAGUUUUGGUUUUUUUUAGGUGGUUUUCGAAAGGUAAUAUUAGGUCAUUCAAACAGGUGCUUUUCUGAAACUAUUUAUACCUCAACAUUCAAGUAUUGUACCAGAUAUCGAAGUGGUCUUGAUACUGACAGCAUGAUUGUUUUUAAAAGGAGCAUGAUGACAAUUAUGAUUUAAGGACUUUAUUGUUGCUACACUAAUUUAUGAAACAUAAGUAAUAAUGUGUCCCAUCUGUGUUUGAUUAGUCCUUUUAUAAUUAAUUGUUGCUGUCAACAACCUUUAUGCUGUUAUUUUUAGUUUCUUAACUAUCAUUUUGAGAUUAAUUCUAUUUUAUAACAUUAAUGUAAUGUGCAGCGAUUGGAAUUUGGGGCGGGGCGUAUAUUUAUCACAAUAAAGUUCUUUUUUUAUUA